AUGGUCCCCCUGCGUUCCCCCAGAGCUCGCCCACCGCGGCAGGGCAAUGAGCUAGAGUAUCAGCCUCUACAUGAAAGUGCAAGGCCUCAUUCGAACCCUCCUCCGGGACUUGGCUUCCAACGGUUCUUUCAAGUAACUGUCAUUAUACCAUUACUGCUCGUGAUCACGGUCAUUGUAGCUGGCCUGAUGAUGAUGGCUGAAUCGAAUACAUCCAAGUCGCAUUUGAGAUUAAGCACUGUGACGGGGUAUUUCUUGCAAGAUGAGCCGACGACUGAUCCGGACACUUUCGAUUAUGUCGCAUCAAACUUUGGCUUAAUAUCUCGAAGCUAUGACUCGGACGCCGAGUUUGAUCCGGACGGCCGCAGGACGCAAUGGGAGCGCUUUGAGUACCUGAUCAACAAGCUCAAUGCAGAGAGUGGCCCUAAGACAAGCUACAGACUGCUCUAUCUUGGCCGGCAUGGAGAGGGAUACCACAAUGUCGCCGAGAGGCACUAUGGGACAGAAGCAUGGGAUUGCUAUUGGUCCCUUCUCGACGGCGACGAGAACGGGACAUGGGUGGACGCCCGUCUUACUCCUGUGGGCAUAGCUCAGGCGGAAACCGCGCACCGGGCUUGGGAGACGCAGCUCGACAACAAAAUUCCAUUCCCUCAAUCAUACUACGUGAGUCCGUUGAAUCGAUGCUUGGCUACCGCCAGUAUCACGUUCCGAGGCCUGAAGAUGCCGCAUACAGAGCCUUUCCGCCCGGUCGUCAAAGAGCUCCUCCGAGAAACGAUCGGCCUUCACACCUGCGACAGUCGGUCGUCGAAAACGGCCAUACUAGCCGAGUACCCCGAGUACAUAAUUGAAGAUGGCUUCGCAGAGGAAGACCCCCUGUAUGAUUCAAAGCUACGGGAGUCCGACACCGCGCGUGACGCUCGCCUUCGCGACUUACUCCAGGACAUCUUCACUCAUGACAAGAACACCUUUAUCUCUUUGACGGCGCAUUCCGGCGCCAUUACUAGUAUCUUGCAGGUCACAGAGCACCGGAAGUUUGCGCUAGGGACGGGUGCUAUCAUUCCUGUUCUGGUCAAGAGCAUAGCAUUAGCGACCUCCGGUGAUGACGGCGUCCAGCAGCAGUCGACCGCGAAUGAUGAACUGGGGAACAGCAAUGAGUGGACAGCCUCCGGCAAUGACACUGCUCGGCAGGAAACCGUUAAUGCCGUUGAACCAAAUGAUGGCAACACCACCAGCGAGCCUAAAAUUUUCUUGCAGUCCGAAUUUCCUGCUGAUGGCACUGUCAGCCAGGCCGAAACUGCCGGUGGGUGGAAUGCAAUAACACCUGGACCGUGA